AUGGGCAAUCAAGCCAGUAAAGCAGCAGCCGAAAAGAAACGUCGCCAUCGACGUAGCACGCUUACGACACAGUCGCACAUGUCACAGGGCAAUUACAACUGGCUUGAGGAAAAUGAACACACGGCCCUCAGUGCAGGUGCCAUCAGUGAAGCUAUGGCCGCUGCUGCUGUUUCCUCUGUUCCACAAGAACCCCCACGUCGUAAAUCGAUCACUGAGUUCUUUACUAAACGAAAGCAAGCUGUUGAUUUUCGAGAAUACGAUCGUUUACAACGCCAGCAUUAUUUGUUAAAGAGUGCUCGUAAAGCGAAUAUAUGGUCACCCAUCGAUCCCGAUGCUGUGCCUGGUGGCAUGACGAUUGUCGACAUUGGAACCGGGAAUGGCAUUUGGGCCUUGGAAAUGGCGCAACGACACUUGACGAGUCAUAUCAUUGGUAUCGAUCUCAAGAAUCCACCUGAUCAUGCAGCACGACCCAAGAAUUUGAAUUACGUUCAAGCCGACAUCCAUCAGUAUCCAUGGCCAUUAGAAGAUGCCUCUGUCGAUUUUAUUUUCCAACGCAACAUGAGCACCGAAAUCCAGCGGAACCAAUGGCUGCCAUUGUUUCGGGAAAUGUUGCGGGUUCUUAAGCCUGGUGGUCAUAUUGAAAUCCUCGAACCCGAUCCGGCACCCCACAAUCCAGGUCCCGUUCAACAAGCCUUUGAUGGGUUUCUUCGGACACAAUGGUCGGAUAAUGGCUAUGAUUAUCUCUUUGCAUCAUCCAUUGAAGAUCAAUUAUCUCAAGUCGGCUUUGAAGAAAUUGAUAUCAGGACAUUGGAUAUCCCUAUCGGUGAAUGGCCUGAUGAAUCAGAACUCAAGCAAUUUGGUUUCAUCAAUAAGGAAACACAAAAGGCGUACUUUAAAAACCGCAAACAAGAGUUCUCAUCUCAAUGGGGUAUCGCUUCAGAAGACUAUGAUCAAGCUGUUCAAGAGAUAAUGGAAGAAUUCGAUGACUAUCAUGGAUUUUCUCGUUAUCAUUGUUGGAUGGCUCUCAAACCAGCAACAACCCAACAACAACAACAAGCAUCAGCGACUUCUUAG